AACACGCUUUUGGCGACUUUGGCUCAGCACGCAACAUCAACUUUUGAAAGCAUGGAAUUAGUAGGUUCUUAGUUUGCCAAAGAGACAAUAAGCGAGAAUAACAGUGAAAGUCAACUGUAUCGGUUGCAGGUUUUGCCCGAGGCAUGACUCUGUAGGCUGCCCUACAGGUUUGCUCACAGUAGGCUUUGCCAGCUUGCAACCGCCAGCUAAGCUAGCUAACUUGUUUGCUAGCUUCAUUGCAAUCCAAAAUGACUGACUGCUGCGCUGCAGCGAACUGUGAUUACCAGCAGCGGGGAUCGGAGAAGACCACUCCACUUUUUAGCUUUCCUCUGGAUCCGGAGCGCUGCAAACAAUGGUUGGACAACUGUCAUCGCCAAGAUUUGGCUUCAGAACCUCCUGAACAGCUGCAUAAGCUUUACAGACUUUGUGCAAAGCACUUUGAGCCAUCUAUGAUCUCUCACCAGAGCGCAUCCAGUUGUGUCUUAAAGGAAGAUGCUGUUCCAACAAUAUUUGACUUCAAAGCGUCUGUGAAUAAUCAGUCAACCUACAGCAGGAAACGAGCCAGAGAUCCUUCAGAAGAGGAUGCUACUGCUGUGAAAAAGACAAAAGAAAACACAGCAGCAGAAGUGACGGAGGAGACGAAAGAAGCAUGUGGAGAGAACAGUGCAGCAGCUGAACUGCAGAAAGAGAACCAAACCCAAGAGGACGUAGCCACCUCCAAAGCAAAAGAGACUCUGAAAGUCUAUUUUAAGGAAAUCCUGGCACUGACUGGAUUCAGCAUCAAUGGCGCAAACAUCAAUGCCGACGAGCCGAUCGGAGGUGCGAGGGGGCAGCAGGUGCUCAGUCGUAUCUGUUUGGAGAAGAUCGACAAGAAAGAAAUCCUGCAGUUCAGUGAGGGCCUCAUGCGAGAGGAGAUCCAAAACAGCCUCAGACUGGCGAGAUUCUUCUCCAUUCUGCUUCAGGAUGUGACUAGGAUAGAGGGAAAGGAGCAAAUCCCAGUGUUCAUCAGGUCUGUCACAGUAGCUGGGUUUCCACAAAAGCACCUCAUUGGGUUCUUACCGUGCGACAUGGAUGGAGAGAAUCUGUUUUACAUGCUCCUGUCUGAGCUGCGAAAUAAGUGGGGGCUACGAAUGGAGCAUUGCAGAGGACUCACUUAUCUCGUUACAGGGAGCAUGUGUCAGAAAAUGCGAGAUCUUACUUGCCGAAUUCUGCAGGAGUUUCCACAAGUGGUUUUGUCACCGAGUGACCCGUAUGCUUUCAACAUAUGGAUCAUUCGCUGCAUGCCCGUGCCCUCCAUCCAGACAGUCGCAGACGCUGUAGAGGAGGUGGCCUCGUUACUCAGGAGAACACCAGAGCUGUGCAAACGACUGGAAGGAAAGAUCCAGAUGACAUAUGGGCACAUAAAAGGGGAAGUGGACAGAGUCAAGGCAGCUAUUAGUGGGAACUGGGAAUACGGCACUGAUGCUUUCCAAACCAUGCUAGAUAUUCUUGAGCCAUUCCUGAACUGCAUCAAUGAGAUCAUUUCAAAGGUAGAUGAAGAUACUGCUGAGCAGAUGGCCAAGCUCAAGCCAGUUUUGAAGAAUUUCAAUUUCAUUAUGACACUUGUUGUUCUGAAGAACACCCUCUGUUGUGUGAGCAUACUCAACUCAAGUCUCAGGGGAAUAAUUAGCAUCAGCAGUACUUUGCAGUACACAAUUUCCAAUGCCUUAAAGUUGGUAAGCAAAUACCAACAAGAGCUUGCAAUAUUCCACAGGAAAUGGUUUUCAGAUGCAGUCGGCCGAGCGAAGAAGCUGGGAGUGGAAGUCACCAAACCGGAGAUGGCUCAAGGAGACACGUCCGAGACGCCGCUGGAAGACUUUUACCGAGAAACUCUGGGCCGGCCUAUCUUGCAGUACCUUGUUGCGGAGGUGAAGCGAGUGUUCAGCACAGAGAUGGUGAGGAUUCUCCGAUGGCUCUCAUUGGUACCUUCCUACAUGGCUGACCAUAAUUUCAGCAUUCGCAGGGAUAAAGUAGCAGAUGCAAACUUGAACAACCUCGCGCGGCCUGACACGUUCUACGAAGAGCUCGGUUGCUGGGAAGUGAAGUGGAGGCACGCGAGCAAGCGCAGAAUCCUUCCAACCACAGUCUUUGCUACGCUCAAGAUUCCAGAUAUCGGGUUUUACCCGAAUGUGCAGAGCUUGCUGAGGGUGUUGGGAACUGUUCCGUGUGUAAAUGCAGAGGCAGACGUGUACGGCCAAUACCACAUGGUACUGGAGCGUUGCCACUCCUACCUGAGAGCCACGCCAGAGGAUCAAAGACAGUGCAGCAUGGCAUACGUCUACGUUAACCAGGACGUGCACUUUAGUGUUGAACAACUGGUGGAGUCUUAUGUCCAGAAGCAUCCAGACAUCCUACAGCUGCUGCAAAUGGAUGAUGAUACAAAAGAGAAGCCUCCACAAGUGGCUGCCUUUGGAAACCACGCAGAGAAGGACACCGAGGAAGAAUUGCAGCUUAUAAACCUAGAGAUGGAUGCAGACAGGCUUGUAGAGAUGAAAUGUGCAGAAACUGACAGAGAAGCUCUUAAAUCUGCACUACAGGCUGCGGUCACUUUUGCAUACAGCAGUCAAAGCAGGCUACAUAGCGACGCGUGUCCUCCUCAGGAUGGAGAAGUCGAGUAUGUGACCAAGUCUGAAAUGAAAGAAGUUCUCACUGUGUGCGAGAAUGUUGUCAGGGAGGGAAUCCUCAUGGAGGUGGGGAGUUCAUUCUUUUCCUUGUUUAUUGACCGUGUUGUGAAACUAGGGGAGAGAGACUACCUUCCGCUCUUUCUUCGCUUUGUGGACAGUUUUGAUGUUAUGCGAUUGGAGUUGAUGGGAUUCCUUGAGGCGGAUCUGGAAUGCGAUGCUAUGGUACAGCGUCUUAUGGAAAUAGUUACAGUGGAGUGGCAUCUUGACUUGAAAAACUGCAGAGGUCAAGCAUACCUGGGCUCUGGUGACGUUUCCUACAAGCUGAAAGCCUUUGCUUGCAAAGUGCAGGAGAAGCAUCCUCUUGCUAUAAGCACACACUGCUCUUGCUACUCUUUCAACACGUGGUGGUCAAAAUCCAUCCCGGUGCCUGCUGUUAAAAGAGCCCUGGAUACAUUUGAGGAGGUGCUGAUGUUUUUUGGCAGCAGCGUCGCUCUGGAAAAGCAGCUCGACCACGUGAUAGCCUUUGGUCUUAGAGAGAGCUACGAAAAGGUUCAGGAGUUACAGGGAAAGUUUUGCGCCAGUUGGCAGGAGAAGCACGAUUCUUACGAGGUGUUUGUGCAGAUGCUGGAACCUCUGGUCGAAUGUCUAGAGAAAGUCAAAAACAACCCGCAGAGAUGGAAAGCCUCGGUGUCUGAACUUGCAGGAGCACUUCUCCGCAAGGUAAUGGAAUUUGAUUUCAUCAUUGCCAUGGUGGUGCUGAAGAAUGCAUCCUCUUUUACCAGAGAGCUGAGCGCUGGCAUCCAGAAGGACCAGUUCACUGCUGCAUCCCAGCUUUGCCAAAUCAGUGGGAUUGUGGCCACUCUGAACAGAGUGAAAACAAACAUGAAGGUGUUUCACCAGAACUGGUUUGAUGAGGCCUGUGCGAUGGCACAAAGUCUGAGAGUGCAGAUUGAAGUGCCUGAAAACUCUUUGCCAAGGGACAGCAUGAUAAAGCCGGUAGGUUAUUACAAAGAUGGCUUAAGUGUGCCCCUGGUAGACAACCUGAUCAAUACCGUGAAGGAUCAUUUUUCUGAAGACCACAAAGAAGCUCUUAACUUCCUCUCUCUGGUACCGUGCUCGGUCACAGUGAGUUACGUGUUUGAGAGCUUGAAAUCAAAGCCUCCGCUCUACAGCAGCGAUCUCCCCGAUGCAGACAACUUUUUCACAGAGCUGUGCUGUUGGAGAGUGACAUGGAAGACCAAAGUGGCAUCCGUGACAAUCCCAAGCUCCAUAUUUCACACAUUACGCCUGCCACUCAUGCAGUACUUUGGGAACAUCAAUACACUGCUGAGGAUUAUGUCUGUGCUGCCCAGCACAGCGCUGGAGGACUGUGGUGUCGUAAUGCGCCACAACAAGUUCCAAGAGUACCUGAGAGAAACAAACCCCAAAGACAGGUCCCCGUGCUUGGCUUUGCUGCAGGUGGGCACAGACUUCAACAGAGACCUGGACCGCAUGGUGACCCAGUGUUUGAAGGUUACUCCACAGGCCUUGGAGGGGAUCUGUCUGGACAAGGAAUCCAAGAGUUUCAACAAGAACUCUGAAAAUAAUAUGGAAGUUGAUUAUAUAAAGGAGGAUGCUGAGGAGCCCAAAAUUCCCCAAUCUCCAGACAAGAUGGAGGAUCCAGACCUGAAACCAGCAGAUGAGAAUGGGAACAAAGGUGAUAAUCGUCAGAGUCUAGCAACAGCUUUCAGACUGGCUGCACUACUGGGAAAAAGGAAUAGCACUCUUUCUGACCUCUCAGAAGAAGACCAAGAGCUUUUCAUCCAGGAGCUAAGGAUGUGCCACUGGUUUGGAAGCGAGGACAAAAGCACAUCUUCUAUAAGCAGCGAUGAAAUGGUGACGCUCCUCAUGAAUGGAAUCAGGGAUGUUGUACUCAAAGAAAUACAGGAAUCUCCUUUCUUCUCACUUAUCACAGACAAAGCAGUUAAAAUUGCCGACAAGACCCACCUACCUGUUUUUGUCAGGUAUGUUGGAGAAUCCGCUCCAAAAGUAGAGCUCAUGGGUUUCCUGCCGUUUGAUGAAAACUGCCAUGUUGACAGACAAGCAAACAACCUCGCAAAGAUUCUCACUGAAGACUGGGGCAUACCAAUGUCUCAGUGUCGGGGACAGGCGUUCAUGCAGUUGGGCCCGGGUUAUCAGAGCUUGAAGAAGAUGUCUCUGGAAUUCCUCAAGAGCUAUCCACUUUGUGUCGUGACACCCAGUGAGUCUUGCGGCCUUGCCCACUGGCUGGCAAGAAACGUGCCUUGCCCAUCAGUAGCGAAAAUGCUGGAUGUUACGGAAGACCUGCUCCUGUUCUUUGACGAAUCUCCUUGUCUGGAGGGACAGUUGGCACAGGCUAUCGACGGUCUCUUAAAUAUGCCGAGGGAAGCCCUGGAGGAAAUUCCAGAAACGUGUUGUUCAAGGUGGAAAAAGAGAGAGGACUUCUUUGACAUACUCGCUGACACAUUAGAGGGUGUUCUUAGCUGCCUAGAUGCUGUGAGCUCUAGUGCCACAGGUGCCAAAUCAAUGCAUGCACAAGUUCUCUCUACAGCUUUGAGAAAUAUGGAUUACAUUGUCACCCUUGUAAUACUGAAGAAUGCGUGCGCUCCUCUUCGUAACUGUAGCACUGUUUUUCGCUGUGGAAACCCUGCUGACAUUCUCUGUGAAGUGGAAAAAAUCCCCUCCAUCAUAGAGACUUUCAACAAAAUGUUAGAAAACGUGAGUGCUAUGCACUCCACUUGGUUUGAGCAAGCAUUCCAGCUAGCAACCAAGGUGGCUCCUGAACAAGUGUGUUUCUCAGAGGAAGCCAACAGCUAUGAAUCACCUGAAAUAUACUACAGAGAAAAUCUCAGUAUCCCUCUCCUGGGAAGUCUAAUUGAUGAAAUGAUGUACAGCUUCUCAGACAGUCACUUAAAGGCCCUGUCAGUCCUGUCGCUGCUUCCUUCUUGCAAUCCACAGCCCGUACUGUCAGAGUCCACAGACAAGCCGUUCAGCCUCUACCUUACAGAUCUACCUGAGCCUGAAGUGGCUGAGCAAGAAAUCAACACCUGGGCAACUGUGUGGAGAGAGAAAUACCACGAUGCUGCUCCUCCAACAUCUAUCGCUGAAACACUAGUCCAUCCUGAGUCCAAGAGCCAUCCAGCUGUCACCUUAUUGCUCAGGCUAGUAGCUGUUCUGCCUAGUGUCAGUAUGGAGUGUGAUCUGAUGAAGACUACUCUGAAUUCAAUGAGGGAUCUCCUGAAAACCACUGUAUGCAAAGGCAGCAAAACAGAUCAUGUGAUGCUCCUCUCUCACUGCACUACCUUAAAGCGGCUGCCAGAGGUCAUUGAGAAAUGUGUGGAGGUUGACCCAGAGAGCAGUCUGUGUCUGACCCAGGUAUUGGAGUUUCUACAAAACCUCAGGCUGGACAGUGUUUGCAAUGAAGGGCAACCAGCAGCCACAACAGAAUCAGAGGACUCCAGCGUAGCAGAGACAGCCACUGAUGGUGUGGUGAAAUCAGCCGAGGAUGAAGUGACACUGGAGGUGGUUCAAGGACCGAGAACAGCUGUGUCUUUCUAUGAACCCCAACUACGCGAACAAAUCCUCAAGGAGCUCUGGGACUCUCAGUUCUUCACAGUUAUAACUGAGCAAGCAGUUGUAAUUGAUGGUGAGCUCUAUGUCCCAUUGUGCAUCAGGUACUUAAACAAAGAGGACAUCCAAUGUGAGGAAACGCUGGCUUUCAUCCCUUUCAGUAAAGACCCAGUUGUUCUUGCAGUUGCUAUUGAAAACGCUCUGUCGGAGAAGUGGGGGCUCAACAUGGAGUACUGUAGAGGUCAGGCCUCGCUGAGUGUUGGGGAUGUAGGAGCUCAGAUGAGGGCUGUAAGUUUAGCUAUAGCUAAGAAAUACCCGCAUGCUGUUAGAAGUGUCAGCUCUGCUUUGUCUCUCAACAUCUGGCUAGCUAAAUCUUCCCCUGCUGAAGAAGCGGCCGAUGGCGCUGUUCUCAUAGGUAAACUGUUGCAUUGGCUCACAGAGGAUGCAAAACGCCAGAACAAACUGGAAGAUGUGAUCAUUCACGUGUUCCGGCAUGAUGAGGGAAAGGGCAAUGAGUUGAGGGACAGACUCAUGAAGAACUGGGAGAAGAGUCAUGACAUGCAUGAGGUGAUGGUGGAUAUCUUAGAAGCGGUCAUGCUUUGCCUGAACGAGUUGAAAGUGGAGGGAAGUCCGUCAAACCAACAGCAAGCAUCUCAGUUCUUUGAUGCAGUCAGAAACUUUGAGUUCAUCCUGUCGACAGUGGUGCAGAAGAACGUCUUGAUUGUUACAAAAAAGCUAAGCCAGUCACUUCAGGGCAAACCCUUAGAUAUGUUGCUUGCUGUGAACAACUUGCCUGAUGUCAAAGCUUCCCUCAGCAAACUGAAGAGUGAUCUUGACACCCAUCACAAGGCGUGGUUUGAGGAAGCAGUUGCCCUGGCUUCUAAACUCCAUGUUACAAUGUUGCAUUCAGUUCUUCUAGAGCCAUUGAGCGAGUUUUACAAAGAAUCUUUAAGCGUGAAAAUCAUAGAGCAUUCAAUAGCAGAAAUUGAUGACCUCUUCACAGAAAAGGUGUUGGACACCUUAAGGUGUCUGGAGAUUGUGCCUUACGCAAUGUCCAAAGUAGAAACCAGCAUUCUUAGCGGUCUCGUGUUCCGCCUGUACAAGGAAGACUUGCCAGAUCAGGCCUCCCUUCACUCCGAGAUGAAGUCAUGGAAGGAGAAAUGGCUGGAUCCUCUGGCAGGCUACCUUCCGACUACUGUGCUCGAUACGCUAAAGACGUCACAGAUAAGAAGUUUCAGUAACAUUGAGACUCUCCUCAGACUUCAGGUCAUCUUGCCAUUUUCAAGGAGGGAGAGCAACUUCAGGCAGGGAAGACAGAGUUUACAGGAGUUUUGUCAGCAGGGAAAGAGAUCCAUCGCUGAGCUACAUCCUCUGUAAUAGUUGCAGGUCUUCUGUCUCGGCUUGCAGGUUUGAGCAGUGUGAGUCAGUGUGAUGUCACCCCUUACCAUACUGAAGAACUCCACAUUUAGUCCCGAGAUCUGAACGUGAUAUUGCUCUGUACAUUACUGAUCUAAAUUCUUUGAGAUCCCCUUUGGUUAUUAUCAUGAAAAGUCCUAUCUUAUGCUUUUUGUUUUUACUCUGUAGUUUGUACAGCUGUACUGCCCAGUGGGACCAAUGUCUUGGCAAAAAAAAAAAAAAAAAAUGAUGCUCCACUGACAGUUAUCAAUGCUUGUGUGCCUUGAUGCAAAACUAAUAAUUCACCCCACAAAUCAUAACACAGAUGAUUAAAGAUGUCCCAUUGGCGUUUGAAACGACUCUGAUUAUGUUUGUGUUUUGUUUUUUGUUUUUUUUUUUGUUUUUUUGUUUUGUUUUUUUCCCCAUUACCAUAAAUGACCAGACUGACUAUGUCACCGUUAUCAGUUGAUUCUAAUUAUUAAAUGGCACCCUUACCUUUCCUGGGCACAAAUAGAAAUGGUUAGUUCCAUCAUAUCUGAUGUUUCCUGUUUCUUUGCAGGAAUGAAUUUGCUGUAAACUUAUCUUUGAAAGAAUGUUUCCUUAAUAGGAAAACCUUCAUAUAUAUUUGUCAAAAAAGUAAUAAAAUG